AUGGGAGUGCCAUUCGCACCUCAGCCGGAGAGUCGUAGUUUGUGGCUUGCUACUACCGAUAGGAAAGAUCAAAACGUGGGAUCCAGUAUCUACGAGGAUCCUAGCUUUCGUGUGAUGGUCACGUACGAAGAACAAACGGCCAACCUGGGGAGGCUGGCCAACGAGUACGGCCGCCUUUACUCGCCGGCUUACCCCUUUCCCGUCGCACCUGGUGAACCAUCCGUACGUAUUCAGACCAAGUGCCGUUUGUGCACUACAAAUAUGGCGACGGGGAUGGGAUCCCCCAAAUAUGCAUCCGACACAUCUUCGGACGACGAAAAACGGCAAAACAACGAAAUGAUCUCCUCAGAUAUUCGAACUAAACUGCCACUUCUCACAACUCUGCCCCCCAGUUAUCAGCAAUAUGAACCGCUAUCGAUGUUCGAAGCUGAUACGAAUCUUACUCUGUGGAAGGCAAAAACGAAGAGACAUCUAUUAGGAGUUCCCCCUGAAUACCAGAGCAUCCGAAUCUUGGAUCGUCUGAGCGAUCGCGUCCAGAAACUCGUCUUACAACAACACGUGGAUGAGGAGUGUCCACCGCGGAAAAUCUGGGAGACUAUCGACUCUCUGUUCCCAGACUUAGAAGACCCGGUUUCCGCAUAG